CCGAUGGGGCCCCCUUCUCUGUCUCCCCAACAGGGGCCCCCAAGGGGCCCCCCACAGGGGCCCCCAAGGGGCACCCAGAAGGGGUCCCCAAGGGGCCCCCAGAGGGGGCCCCCAAGGGGCUCUCCGAAGGGGCCCCCAAGGGGCCCCCCGAAGGGGCCCCCUUCUCUUAUUCCCCCGAAGGGGCCCCGAAGGGGCCCCCAGAAGGGGCCCCUUGUUGUGGUUCGGGUGUUGGUAGUGGGGGUCGUUUUGUAGUUGUAGACGGAAGCUGCGUGAUGUUUAGAUGUUAUCAUGCGAUGCCGACUUUAAGAAAUAGAGAAGGAGACAAUGUGGGGGCCUUAAUGGGGUUCUUUCGCUCUCUUGUUCAGAUCCGGCGUCGGGUGUCUCCUUCGCAUAUGGCUGUUGUCUUUGACCACCCAACAGGGCGUUCAUCGCGUUUAGCUGUCUCCACAUCGUAUAAAACGCAUCGGUCUCAUCCCCCCCUAGACUUUGUUGAGCAAAUGCAGAAAGCUAAAGCUCUUUGUGCUGCACUUGGAUUGCUGCCGCUGGAGGUGGAGGGAGUUGAGGGAGACGACGUCAUCGCAACCCUGGUUGACCGUCUCUGCGGAGGAGACACUCAGCAGCAGCAGCAGCAGCAGCAGCAACAGCACCAGCAGCAGCAGCAGCAGGGGGAGUUGCUGCCGGAUUUCAUUGCGACUGUAGAUAAGGACCUGCUGCAGCUGCUUCGCUACAACUAUCAGUCCCCAAGGCGGAGCCCCCGCGUUAGUCUGCUUGCUCUUCACCGCCAGGGGCAGCUUCUAGAUACUCAGUUUGUUCGUGAUGAAUACGGAGUGGAGCCCCACCAGCUGCUAGACUUCUUCUCGCUGGUUGGGGAUCGUGCAGAUGGGAUCGUGGGGUGUCGCGGGAUCGGGGCGGCGGCAGCCCGGAAACUCCUCCAGGCGGUAGAAAGCCUUGAG